AUGGCCACUGCCAACAUCGACGAGACCCCGCUCUCUGUAUCCAUCGAGAGACGCAACUCCCUCGAGAAGCAUCUUCAGAAUCGUCCUGAUCAGCAGGAUCUGAAAGAGAAACAUAUUCUUCUCGAUACGAACGUUGCUCCAUCCUUGCAGGCAGCGAGACAGGAGCUCGCCCGUCAGCGUAUGUCAGACGAUCUCAAGAAACACAUUGAACGUCGCCCCGAUCGUGAGGAGCUUGUUGAGCGAAAUAUCCUCCCAUCUACAAACGCCGCCCCGGCUCUCCAAGCCCACGCCCGCGAACUCGAAAAGCACAUGUUGGCUGAUACCCUCGACCACAAGAUCCAGAAUAGACCACAGCCCGAGGAGCUCAUCUCCCAGGGUAUCCUGACCGAGGAUGAAGAUCCACGGAACCCGUCUGUUUAA